UAGUAGCCGUUCAGAUCCACACUCCCUACCAGUUGGUGGCGGUAAUGGGACAUUUCGUUGCGUGGCAACCACCGAUAAAGUCCCAUACAGACGAAGAAGAAGAACUUCCUUCGAAGGCCUAGGAUAUACACUUUUGUUGAAUGUCGACUGAGGAAGUGCAAGAAUCUCGAAUCUUCUGCAUUCCUGUUGCACUACAUAAACGACUGAGUGGACAACUGAACUCUCUUAAACCUCGGAAGACGGUGAAGCUUCUGAGAGGCCUUAAGACUGUCCUGGUGAUGGCUUAAAUCUUUGGAGGACCAGUUCUACUCCAUAUUCAGAACACAUUUGCGUUCAACAUUUUCUUUUCUUUUGCUUUUGGACUUAUGUCUCAACUCUCAGAGAUGUAUGGCUACCCCCAGAGAGAUAAUUUUUUUCCCCCCAUGUGUCGUUUAAACUGAACAUUUAGGUAGCGCUGAUGCAGGUCCACAAUGCGAUGGUGGUAAUACAUUAACUAUCUGCUAUCCAAUUUUUAAGAAACUGACUUAGGCACCACUCUGCUCUUCUGUGGGGGGGCGUUAAUCUAUUGGUAUUGGUAAAACCAUGUCAUUACCACCGUUUAAUCCCUAUAAUUCAAGGAAUCAAAAUCCUACCCAAGGUCAGCCCACUAGGCCAAUCUCUAGUAGAUAUUCAGAGAUGGACAACUGGAGGGCACAGCGACUUAUUGAUCCUGAUCCAGAAAGGCAGCGUUCUCCACCAUCUUUGGAAACUUCAGGAAGAAGAGUCCCUCGAAUACUAGAUAUUCCAAUGACUUAUAGGUCUGAACAGAGAAUGGUGAUGUCAGAAAGGGACUUUGAAAGAUCAGCUGGGUUCCUUGACAGCAGAAUUCGAGAGGACACUGUAACUCCGCCUUUAAGCUUUUCAUCCACCACCAGAAGUGUGCCAUCCUUUGAUGAUACUGACAGAGAUGGAGAAUCUGAUGAUGAAAGUGACAGCAACUCUUUGAGUUGGUUGCAGAUUUGUAAGAUCCCUUCAGAGGGUAAUCCUGGGAAAUUUCAGCCCUCAGUUUCAUCUCACCAUCCCAGCACCAGCGAUGGUAGGUGUUUUUCUGGCGAGAGACAACACAAUAGGGAAUCUCUGUCUGUAGCAAGAAGUUAUGAUAAUCCAACUCCAGGCAAACAGAGCAAUGAGGUAUCUCAACUCCAGUCUACUUCAGACCUUGCUGGUGUUCUCCUACAGCGCUUUGGACUUGAAAAAGAAGACUUGGAUUAUCUCCUGAUGUUACCUGAAGAUCAAAUAAAUUCUGAUAAUAUCGAUAUGAUCUUGAAACAGAUCAUCCAUAUGAAGAAGAAAACAUCUUCAACACAAUCCUGCUCUGACCCCCAACCCUCCACAAGCUUUUUUGGACAGGACGAGCCUAAAGACACAAGAGAGCCAGAGAUGUUCCAAGACGAUAUCUUUACAAGGUUCUUGAAACCUGCCAAAGUGAUGGACUAUGGACAUACUAGGAGUUAUACUGUGGUUGGGGAGAAAAAUGAAAAUGUCAUCAGUCAUGAGACUAGACGUAAGAACGAUACCUCUAGCAGAAGCAGAUCUAAAGAAACAUCGGGAAAAAAUACUACCGAAGUGAAGACCAGCUUGCCAAUUCCUUUACUUGAGUCGACAGAUUUUUCUUCAAGACUGACAUCUACUAGCAGGUCUGGGAGUCUUCAAACCAGAAAUCUACCUGGUAGGCCACAGUCUCAACCAAUCCAGGCUUCUCAAAACACCCCUAGCUCGUUGAUUACCCAAAAUAAAAACACAGACCCAUCUAUGAGGGGACUAAACCAACCAGCGUUGGUCUCUAAAAAAAGUUCUGCCUCCUUUAUUCCACCAGAGGCAGACGGGGAUGCUCCUAAAGAGCCGACGACCCAUGCAGAUCCCAUUGAGCCAUUGCAGAGCCAGAACCAGGCACCAAAGAUUGGUUUCAUUCCUUUUAUUAUUUCAAAGCAAAUUGCAGAAGAAAGGAAAAUAUCCAAUUUGUCUUAUAGACACUAUCGCAAACCGGGUACUCCACAAGUGGAAGCUCAAGAUUCAGAAAAAUCAAAACCACCUAACUCACCACCAGGUGAAGGUGAUGGUAAGCAAAGUAGUCCUACUGAUGAUCCGAGUAAAACCCACAAACAUCCUGCCGGGGUAGCUAAAGAGCAGGUAAAGGAAAAACCAGCACCAGAAGAACUAAAGCAAACGUCUCAAGGAAGUAAAUUAACAACAGACUCCAAGAACACCGACAUGAUGAGGCAAACUAAAUCCCAAGAAGAGGCAUUACAGCCAUAUUCUUCAUCCGCGGAACGCAGUGCUUCAUAUGCUUUUGUUUCUAAAUCACUUGCUCCUCCUCCACGUCGGUCAAACACUGAAGCAGAUAAACGCCAUAGUUUGGUAAAGUCUGCUUACAGCGAAUUGGAUCUAAAGAAGAACAAGGUUUUCAAGGGAGUACCAAGGCAGUCCAAGAUCAAUGACUAUUUAGAUGUCACGCCACCAGGCUUUCCACAUCGCUGCACUCUUUGUAACGUCUCAUCUAACAACGUAAAGGAAUUGGCUUCCCAUCGUAAGACCACCCUCCACCGCGAGAACUGCAAGUUACUUCAGAGAGAAUAUCCAGACUGGCAUCACGGGAAACAAGAUCAAAGGUAAUUGUCUAUACUAUUA